CUGCAGUUCUCGUCCAGACUCCCAGCAGAAUCAUGCCUGAAGUUGAUGUAACAUACUCUGACGUGACAUUCACCAAAUCAGCGCCCAGAGAUAAUAAUUCUUCAGCGGCUGACACCACUUAUGCAGAAGUUAAGCUUUCGAAACAGGAAGACACAAAGGAUUUAUCUAUUCACAUUAAACAGAAAGAGGCAGAUGUUCAACAACCCAGACGGGACAGGAAGUCCAAAAUGUCUCCAGGAGUUCUGGUGGUUCUCAUCACUCUCGUCGUUCUCUUGGCAGCUGCUGCUAGUGGCCUGGUUGUAUUUUAUCUAACACACACCGAAACGCUCCAACGCCUGAAUGAGGAGAUCAAAGUGUUGAAGAAUAAACUCUCAGAAAGCACCGGCAAGCCUACAAGUCCACCAGCAGCAACAUGUCCAUCUUGUCCCGUUACGUCUUCUGAUCCCACUUCUGGAACCACAGAACCGCUGCUACCAACAUCUCUGGUUCCUCCAACAUGUCCUCCUCCAACAUGUCCUCCUCCAACAUGUCCUCCUCCAACAUGUCCAGGACCUUCAACGUAUCCAACAACUAAAACAACAGGAAGUUAA